AUGAUAUUAUUAGAUGGUAGUUCGAAUAUUGAUCAAUUCAAUUAUGGUAUAUGUACUGCUGGGUUCGAAUUUUCUCCUUUUGAUGAGCGAAUUCUUUUGUUCGAAACUAAUACCGAUUCACUCAUACGGUGUGCUGUCCAAUGUGAUAUGGCAGCACGUUGUCGCACAUUUAAUUUUGAUAGACAAACAAAGGAUUGUUAUCUCUAUGAAGGUGAUAUUGAUAGUACAGGUUUAGUUGUUACAUCAUUAUCUCCACAGUCAGUUUGUGGAUGGAUCAAAUUAGAUAUGAGCAAUUUCGCUAAUUAUGGUAGUCCUUGUUCAACUUGUGAAGAUAGUCGAUAUUUGACAUGUAUUAAUGCCACUUGUCAAUGCGAACCACACACAUUUUUUAAUGGAUCGAUGUGUCUCAGUCAAAAAUUAAACGGAACUGGAUGUACUAGCGAUAAUCAAUGUCGUAACGAUCUUAACUUGACAUGUUUAACCAACAUGCAAUGUGGAUUUUCAACGACAACAAAGCCUCUUUUCAAUCAUACAUGUCUCAAUCAAACAUGGAUUUCAACAAACAAUCGUCUCGCUCAAUGGUUAUUCGAUGGAAAUUUAUUCGAUCAAAUGAAUAACUAUAAUAUGACGUCGACAAAGCCCGUGUCAUACACUUCAAGUGGUUAUAAUCAACAAGCAGUUAUAUUUGCUUCGAAUAAUAAUUUCACACUUGUUACUCCAUACAUGCCACUUUCAUCGGUCAGUUUUACUAUUGAUACGUGGCUUUUUAUCACUGCACUUUCGAACAAGACCACUUAUAGCAUAUUUAGUCUUUGUUAUCAAACGGCAACUGAUCAAUGUUUAAUCCUGGGCAUUCGUCAAAGUUUUUUAUAUAUGAGUUUUUUUUCGGAUGAUUGUUUAGGUGUCACACUGUUAAAAUUAAACACAUGGAUACAUGCAGCUUUCGUAUUUGAUCUGUCAACAUUAACAAAAAUAAUUUAUCUUAAUGGUGUUUUGGAGAAUAGUUGUAGUUUAUCAUCGACUCUCAGUAUCCCAACAUCAACGAAUAUUACCAUUGGACGAAUUCCAUUACUUUCAUCAAUAUAUAAUGUUACUUCUUUUCAGGGUAAUAUAGAUCAAAUGACAGUUUCAACUCGAGUGAAAUCAUCAUGUGAAAUCCUAGAGAUUGCAACAUUCGUGGCUCAUUUCACUUUUGAUAAUGGUCUAUUUCUAAAUGAUUCUGGCCCUAAUUAUCUUCAAGCCAUAACGUUAGGGACCUCAUCAUUUGCAUCUGGUCGUUUUUCUCAAGCAAUUGCUUUCAAUGGUACACAACAUUCCAUUUUUCAAGUAAGCGGUUUUACAGCACUUGGAACAGCCAAUAAACCAUAUUCGAUUUCUUUAUGGCUUCGACCGAUCUCUCUAUUAGGCAUUGUCGUUCAUGUAUCAACGUUAAGUUCUGGAACUGGUUGGUGCGAGCCAUUUCUAGGUUUUGCUCCUAACGGUUCAUUUGUAGCUCAAAGUUAUUGUGGAGGUGUUGUUACAGUUGCUAAUCCAACAUUAUCUAUUGCAACAUUAGUUUGGUCACACGUUGUUCAGACAUGGAGCUCAACAAAUGGUCUCUGUCUUUAUGUUAACAAUGUUCGCGUCACACCAUGUCUUAGCUCAGCUAACACGUAUGAUGCCAGUGGCGCAGUCAACUUGAUUACUUUAGGUAGUUCUUUCGAUGCGACAACAGCGGGUUGUGGUAUGGGUCAAAUAGAUCCAUCGCCAUACAAAGGCGAGAUAGAUGAUUUUCGAGUUUAUAGUCGAGAAUUAUCUGCCAGUGAUGUUACUACACUAUAUUACAAUUGGUAA